AUGCGCGUCUCGCACCUCUUCUUGGCCCUAGCUGGCGGCGCUAUCCUAAUUACGACUUAUGGGAUUUUGGAAUGGUACGCCGCCUUCCGCGUGUGGCCCGCCACCAUCCGUGAUCCUCUGAAGAAAGCCAUCAAAGCUCGCAACCACGGCGAGACUGACAAGGCCGAGAAGUAUUUCCUCGCCACGCUCGCUGCCGCCCACGCCCUCCAACCCUCUGAAUUGGAUCCGGAAGCCCUCCAGAAAAUGUCCGGCCUCUACGUGACUUUUGCCGCCAUGUUGGAACCGUACCAUCCCGUCCGGGCCUUUGUUUGUCUUCGGGACGCUGCCUCUCUUUUCGGAGACGGGCUCGUUCCAGGAGCAGUGAGCCCGUAUACGGGACAGGAAAUGAAUGAGAAGGACCUCACUCGGGCCAUUGGACUUUGGCAGAAAUUGGGCCAGAUUGCUGCAAAGUUGGGCAGCUCAAGUACGCCGCCGCCGUUCCCGACGCAGACUAUUACACAGUUGAUGGAUGUCGAGGGAGAGAAUGACGGUGCGUCGGCGCAACUCCUCCUGAACACGACGACUGGGCGCGAGGCAGCCAAAGCUUGGGAUGAGGCGGCCGAGACGUACCUCUCGACUGCGAUUGGGGCUAUGCUCAAAAUGGGCCUUGCGCAUCGACAGGGCGCCUCCAAUGAGGCCGGGACUGAUGCGGGCGCGGCAGGCGCAGCGGUUCCGGGCUCUGGAUCAUCCGAGCCCGUCAUUGUCGGACGUGACGUGCGCCUCCCACACGACAAUGAGGGCGACACUGGGCGCGUCAACCGCCGCGGACUGGGUAUGACCAUGGAAGCCCUGUCUGAGGUUUAUGGCCGCCGUGGAAGGCCAGACCUCGCUGGCCAGCUGGUGUUGCAGGCCAUUACAACUAUAUUGCCGCCCCAGGCCGAGGAGGGGUCGAUUCAGCCAGCAGAUCGAUGCCAGGCCGCACUCCUCAUGACCUCACUCUCGACUUAUGCUCUCGCCCCGUCCACCCCUGCCGCCAUCAAAGCCGCACGCUCGUGGUCCCUCCGCGCACUGCAGGAGGCGGACGCAGCAACGACCGCCGCGGGAUGGGGUAAGGGCCUCCCGACGGAUGUGGGGCAGGCAGUGUGUCAGCGGGCGGGCAGUGUGGCGUUGUUCAACCUCGGCAUGCUUUCUGAGAUGGAGGGAGGGGGGGAGGCCAAAAAGUAUUUCAAGGCUGCUCUGGCAGCUGCGAGGGAUUGUGGGUUUGCUGAGGGGAGGCGCGAGGCCGCCGAGGCUCUUAGGAGGGUCAAGGCAAAGGAGGAGAAUGCGUAG